UCGGUAGGCUCCUCUGGUCUCCACUGCCGUCCUUCCUGUGCUGUUCUUAGUAGCUUCUGCUACUAGGCACCCGGAACCCGGGCCCAGUGUGGAGCCCCACUCCUGGGAACCUAACCUGGRAAUCAGUUCUGCCCUCUUCCUCUCUGAAGCCUCUUAUGAUACAGGACCUGUCUGCCAGGGCUCAGCCUCCUCAGGCUAACCUCUGAACCCUCUAGAGCCACAAAGCCUCCCUCUUGGCUUCCCUGCCAUUCGAGUUCCCACUGAGUUCCAUCUGGGUCCUUUCCUCCGGGUGGGUCAGCUCCACCCAUCUCUGGUCUGCUCACCAGACCUCCCAGAAUGUUGAGUUUCUCUGGAGAUCACAAACCUAGUAGUCACCCCACUCUGCACAUGGGGGCUUCCAGUUCCUGCCCUUUGAUCCCGUUGUUCUGCUGCCUGCCUCCUCCCAGGUCAGGACCUCUGUAAAGUCCUCAUCAAACCCUGUAGCAUUCCCCCCCUUAGCCUCCCGUUCCAGGAAGCCACAGAAACUCCUGUGGGAGGGUCACCCCACUGGUCUCUGCGGACUCUUCCCAAGCAUCCUCUUACCUCCCUGGGAGGACCCCUUCCUUACUCCCACCUGUCCUAGGCAGGGACUGAGCCCUGUUUGUGGCCUUGGCCCUGGCGUGCAGGAGGUGUUCAGUAUGUCUUAUUUCUGGGCCGUCUCCUGUGWGCCCAGUAUUGGCUGAAGGAAUGCAGGGAAGGCUCCAGGUGGAAGUAUCUCAGGGACCACCAUACAGGGUCAGAGCUGGGCAGGGAGCGGCCUGGGGUCUGCAGUCUCUUAGUCUGGCCUUCCCAAAGUUGGUUCCUGGCCUUGGUACCCUCCUCUUCCUAUAGGAUCCAGCCAGUAACAGAAGCUUCCACCAUGGGCAUGAACCAGACCGUGGCCCCCAUGCUUUACCCAGGGACUUUGAUGCCUAUGGUCAAGAGUUUUCAGUUCCCCUUUAGGGAGGGAGAAUCUGUCCCUUGAGUACUGUGCAGGUACAGUCUCGGGAGUGCUGGGGACGGGGUGGGGGGUGGCUCCUUGGGCUAUUUGGGGGUUUAGUGCUGUCAGUCCAGGCUGGACGGGUCAGUGGGAGGGUCUGUGCGCCUCAGCAUGAUGCUGCGUGGGCCUCACCGGAACCUCCUGCGUGCCCUAUGCCUGCGGGGCGCUGACGGGUCCCCUCCCGCCCCGCCCCCGCCCUGUCACCGCAGUAGAUAUAAGGCGGCCAGGCUCUGAGGCUCCACCUGGACGCUCCCCAGCCCUCCCACUGCCUGCGUCCUCAUGGCCCGGCACGCGACGCUGGUGGCCGCGGCCCUGGCGCUGCUCUUGCUGCUGGCUCCACAGGGCCUCGCGUGGUACAAGCCGGCGGCCGGGCCCAGCCAUUACUCGGUGGGCCGCGCCGCGGGACUACUGUCCGGCUUCCGUGGAUCCCCGUUUGCGCGGCGCUCGGAGCUCGCCGUCGGGACAGGCCUCCAGCGCCGCGCGGGCGCCUCCUCGGAGCUGCGGCCCAGCCUGCGGAGCCUCGUGAGUGCGCGCAGGAGGGCGGCGGGGGCCGGUGGGUGCGGGCGGCCCCCUCAGCCUCCACCGCCCACCCAGGCCGUGUGCGUCAAGGAGGUCACCCCGAACCUGCAGAGCUGCCAGCGGCUCCCUGACGGCGGCGGAGGCGGGACCUUCCAGUGCAAGGCGGAUGUCUUCCUGUCRCUGCGCGCCGCCGACUGCCAUCGCACCUGA